AGGGCGGAAGAGCCGCACAUGAGAGCUGUCAGAGCAGCAUCCAGAAGAACGAGGAGUUCAUCCUCCAGCUGAGGCAGGAAAACAAGUUUUUACAUAAACAACUGGCAGAAGCUAAAGCUGGGGAUGAAGAAAUCCUCAGGAGGGCUUUUCAGGACAGAGGCUCAGAGAAGCAUGCCUUCCGUGACAUGUCAGCAAGG